CAAAUAAUUUGACCCUGUUAUGGUGCGUACGGUAUGCUUCGUCAAAUUCUGACUUGUCUCUGUUAAGACAAUAGUAUGCGGCACGGAGUGCCAUUCACCAAGAACAGAAGCCCGUCCCAACGUUGAGCUGUCAAAGAGAAGAAAUUCGAAGUAUUUUCAAUGUUGAUUUUGUCGUGGAACGUUGCUGGACUUUCAACGACGGUGGAGAAAAUUGAUAAGCAAUACGGAGAUCGAACAAAACGACGAAAUGAUCCAUCUUCUGUGAUCGCGCACUUUUUCCAGCGACAUGGGGCGGAUAUCAUUUGCAUUCAGGAAGCCAAGAUUCCCAAGAGCGUACUAGAAAUCCGCAGAGAACCAUUGCGUUGCGCCCACAUUGCUGGUUAUGAAAGUUUUUGGAGCUGUUGUGUCGAUUCCACAAAGCGAGGCUUCAACGGAGUUGUCACCUACUGUAGAAAAGGAACCGUAAUUUCCGCUGAUUCAAAACCUUUGAGUAGCCCUGAUUUGGACGAUCAGGGUCGAUGCGUUAUGACAGAUCAUGGAAGAUUUGUUAUCUUUAACGUGUACGUGCCAGCAGGGGGUGGGCAGCCUUUAAGCUACAAAAUGAAAUUCUUGAAUGGAUUGCGACAGGCAAUGAGAAAGCAACGUGAAUCUUAUAAGAAGGAAGUCAUUUUAGUGGGAGAUUUGAAUAUAUCUCACAGAGAAAAAGACGUGUUCUGGGGAAGCCGGAAAUUGGCGAUCAAUGACAUUUGCAAAGAAGUUCAAGAUGAAUUACCGGAUACGUCUCGACAAAAAGCAUCAGAAAAAAGUGCUAAGAAGCGACCCCUUCCCAAGUGGAAAUUAGAUUUAGCAAGAACUUGGCCCAAAAUUGAGGAGGUCCUCAAAUCCAAAAAGACUCAAAUGGUUAUCACCACCAAUCCUCGAACGAAAGAAAAAUUUGAAAAAUUUCGAAUGUCGGUAGAAAUGGACGGCAAGCAAAUAUUGUUGGGCGAUCACGAGGAAAAACCAGAUUAUUGCGAAUACAACUUCGAUUUUGGUUCUCGGCACUACACAUGCUCCGAAACUGGCAAGCAAGUCCUUGCUCAAGAAGAGAAAAUUAUUGCGUUGGCAACUGUCGCAGAACUUUUACUAAAGAUUGGAAAAAUUGAAUGGAAUCACAAACUCCAGAGGUCGAUUGCGUCAACAGACGGGAUAUGCUGUCGAGUCUCGCCACCAAGAAGAUGGCUGAACGAAGUUAUCGACGAUGAUGGAAUGAUUGAUUGUUUUCGUUUCUACUAUCCAAAUGCAGAAGGGAGAUUUACAUGUUGGGACCAGUUCAGGAACAGACGAUAUGGUAAUCAAGGAGCUAGGAUCGAUUACACGCUCAUUGAUAAGUCUCUUGUUGGAUCUUUGCGUAAAGGGCAUGUCAGUUCUCUCCGUUGCGGCAAUUGUGGUGGAAGAUGUCAUCCCGAAAGUGAGGCAGCGGCGUUGUGUGCUGCAACUGCAAAUGGUGGCUACCAACCUGUCUCUUUUCAUGGUGGUGGAAUUGUAGAAGCAUCACAGAAAGUAUUGAAUACGCAAUUUGGGACGCCUCAUACGGGUCACAUUUACACGCCUCCGACUUUCAGCGACCACAUCGCUGUCUCAAUGCUGUUGGAUAAUUCUUGUUGCUCAUGUCACCUAGAACUUCAGGAUCAAGACAAGAAAACAAAAGCGUCACAACCUCAUAAAAGAGUAAAAACAAUUAACUCUUAUUUUGGGCCAUCUACUUCGUGCAAGCACGGAGAAACCAAAAAGCAAAACAAAAAGGUGGCAUUUUCAAAUUUAAAGGUAAGCAAUGCAAAAAGGAAAGGUCCUAUGGACGCAUUUUUUCGAUCCCCAAAUCCAAAAACAAGUGUUUCAAACAAAAGACACAAGGAAUCUCGGUAGUGAGCUGUGAUGGGUUGGGAAAGAUAGAGAUUGACUUUUAGAACAUUGUUAAUUCCACGCAGAAUAUGCAAACAGGAAUUGUUGGUUCACCAGGAAUAAGAUAUAGAUAACUAU